AUGAUAUCGCCGCAGUCUGAAAAGCCCUCUCAAGCGCACCGCCCAACGGCCUACCUGGACGGGCUCCGCGGCUUUGCGGCCCUUAUCGUCUUCUCCUUCCACACCAUUUGGGCCUACUCCAACUUCGUGGAAUAUGGCUACGGAGAAGGCCCCGCCAACAUGCGCCUUGUGCAGCUGCCGUUUUUGCGCCUCCUCUAUGCUGGCCACGCCAUGGUGCCGCUGUUUUUCGUCAUCGGGGGUUAUGUCAUGGCCAUCAAGCCGCUGAAGCAGCUGCGGGCGCGGCGCGCGGAGCGGGGCGACUUGUGCGCGCAACUGGCCCGCAGCGUUUUCCGCAAAGGCAUGCGCCUGUACCUCCCGGCUAUCGCAUCUAGCUUUCUCGCCAUGCUGUCCCUGCAGGUCGGGUUUUGGGAGCCGCCCCGCCGCAUACUGCGUGAUCCCCGCUACUUCAACUACGCGGAUAUGCAUCCCCCUCGCAUGCCCCAUUUCCGCGCCGAGUUCUGGCGUUGGGCGGCGUCUACGGCGGCUCUCGGUAAUAUCUGGACGUAUGUCAACAAGGGGUUCGUCUUGCCGUACUACGACCUCUAUGACCCGCAUCUCUGGACCCUCCCAUUUGAGAUGCGCGCCACUCUCGUCGUGGCCAUCACGCUGCUCGCGCUAUCCCGCUUCCGGCCCGCGGUCCGCGUCCCUCUCACCUUCACGGUUGGGAUCCUCUGCCUCUCGUUCGACCGCUGGGAAUGCACCCUCUUCAUUGCCGGCGCCCUCCUCGCAGAGCUCGACCUCGCUCUCCCACCCCCCAGCCCCAGUUCCGGCUCUACCCCCUCCCGCUCCGCUACAGCCGUAACAACUACCCUCAUCCUCCUCCCGUCCCUCUACCUCCUCAGCGCGCCAAACCUUCGUAUCGCGCAGACGCCGGGCUACAAGCUCCUCGCGCGCACGCUCGUCCCUGCCUGCGUCUCGGAUCCUAAGCGUGCACUGCAUGGCCUCGGCGCCAUAGGACUAGUUGCCGCGCUCGGACGAUGUCCAGAGCUGCAGAGGCCGUUUGUAACGCGAUUCGCACGCGCGGCAGCCCGUCGCAGCUUCGCGCUGUACAUUCUGCACGGGCCGCUGAUGCACACGCUCGGGUACGGGGUUACGGUGCAGUUGUGGCGGAUGCUAGGCUUUGAGGGCGCGAGCAAAGACGCGUCGGCGUUGUCGUGGUGGCUUGGGACUGGCAGCGCGGAUGACGCGGCCCGCGCGAUGUGGCUGCUGGGGAUUGCGGGUGGGGUGGCGGUGCUGGCGCCUGUGGUGUGUUUCUUCCAUGGUUAUCCUGAGUUAAACGAAGCAUCUCGGAGAAAGCCCUACUUCUGGUCACAAGCUCCGGGGUGA